CGGUAGGCAAGGUAACGCUGCUUAUUAUCUCUUCAGCAUAAGGACAGCCUUUUUCCGCCUUCUAAGCCUCUGCUACUCGUCAGUAUUUAAGCCCAAUCGCCAUCACCACAUGUCCUUAGUAACGAUGCCCAGCAUUACAGUUGAUGCUUCCACCCUCCACUCCAUCAGAGACUGGGUCGCCUCAUUUCGACACAACCUCCACAUCAGCCAACUUCUCCUCUCUUUUCCGAUCUCUUGAAAGCAAAACGCACAUUGGAGGGAGCUUUAUAUUCAGCCGGCGCUGGUUCAUCAUCAGUGGCAACGUUGCCGUGUUCGUCGGAUAUAUCGCCAUCGGUUCAGCCAAAAGCACACAAGCUAUCAUUGCCGGUGCCACCUGUAUAGGCAUGGAGCUACUACCAAAUCGCCUCCGCCACAUAGGGGUCCUCAUAGCCGACCUGAGCACUUGGGUUGCGGUCCUCUUUGGCCCCAUAACCGGCCGUUACGCUAUCCGCCACGGCGAAGCUUGGAGAUGGCUCUUCUACGGCCCGGCGAUUGCUUGUUGCAUCUCUUUCGUGCUACUAGUCUGGCUAUACAAGCCGCCACAGCAUCCCCGUGGCACUCCGUUUAAACAGGCGUUUCGCGAGCUUGACUACUGUGGCGCGGUACUCUUCACCACCGGGGCGCUACUCGUCUUCACUGCUGUGAUCUACACUCAGAUCAUAACAUUGAGUGAUCCUAAAGUCAUCGGAUUGCUGGUCGCGGGUUUCGUAAUUAUUGUGGUAUUCGCAUUAUAUGAGACUUUCGUGCCGCUAAAGCAGCCGAUGACACCGCCAGAGAUCUUUGCGAAGGACUACGGGCGAGAAUUCACAUUCCCUUUCAUUGCCGGAAUUAUCGUGAACAUGUUCUUUUAUUCAGUCAACAUCGCCUACCCAACGGCCAUCAACGUCCUCUGGACUAAUGCCACCACUCCCCUCUCCUACUCUCUUGAGCUCACCUUGCCGCAAAAUCUUGGUCUCAUCUUCGGCUCAUUCAUCGGAUCCUUCUUCGUUAUGCCACUCUUCGGCAGACUACUCGCACUCAUGAAACCAGACAACAAGGCCACGAUCAUGGUCUUUGUGUUUAUCUGUGAGGGGGCGUAUGGAUGGGCGCAAACGCUGAGUAUCACGUUCAUCCAGACGGGAGUGCCACAAACGCAGCUGGGAAUUUCCGGAGCAUUGGCUGGUGCAUUGUCCCAGUCCAUCUACCUCACCAUCCUGUCGCACGUUCAAGCAUCCCAUGCGGCGUCUCUCGUUCCGAAGGCAGCCAUCGCGGCUGCGGUCGUUCAAAGCUAUGUCGUGGGACUGAGGACGAUAUGUCUCGCAUCGAUCGCGUUUGGUGCAGUAGGUAUCGUCUGCUGUUGCUUAUCGAAUGACAUUGGUCCAAAGAUGAACGACAAGAUCGAGCUCUUUUUGGAGAACGAUGUGCAGGCGGACAAGAAUCGCUUCCAUUGA